UACGAGGAGGAAAAGGGGUAAAAAAGGAACAAGGAGAAAGAAAAAUGAGCGCGACGCAAACGCAGACGCAUGGACCGCACUCGCUGGCCUUCAGGGUGAUGCGACUCUGCAAACCGUCUUUCCAUGUCGAUCCUCCCCUCCGCAUUGACCCUUUCGAUCUUCUCGCCGGCGAGGAUUUCUCCGACGAUCCCUCUUCCGCCUCCUUGUUCCGCCGCCACGUUUCUUCUGCCGACGCUGUCGACUCCGAUCUCAGCUACCGAAAUAGAUUCCUCCUCAACCAUCCUACCGAUCCAAUCGGUCUCUCUGGUCUUCUGCUUCUUCCUCAGUCCUUCGGAGCGAUCUAUCUCGGAGAAACAUUCUGUAGCUAUAUCAGCGUCAACAAUAGUUCCACUUCAGAAGUUCGGGAUGUUACCAUUAAGGCAGAAAUUCAAACAGAGAGGCAGAGAAUCCUACUUCUGGAUACAUCCAAGUCACCUGUUGAAUCGAUACGGACAGGGGGACGCUAUGAUUUCAUAGUGGAACAUGAUGUCAAAGAGCUUGGAGCUCACACGUUGGUUUGCUCUGCAUUGUACAAUGACGCUGAUGGUGAGCGUAAAUAUCUUCCCCAGUUUUUCAAGUUUGUCGUUGCAAACCCACUCUCAGUCAGAACCAAGGUUCGAGUUGUAAAGGAGACUACAUUUUUAGAGGCUUGCAUUGAGAACCAUACAAAAGCAAACCUCUUUAUGGACCAAGUUGAUUUUGAACCUGCUAAGCAAUGGAGUGCUGUAAGAUUACAGAAUGAAGACUCAACAGAAGAUCCUCCAACCAGUGGUCUUAGUGGACUGAUACCUAAACCGCCAGUUAUAAUCCGAUCUGGCGGGGGUAUCCACAACUAUCUCUACAAGUUAAACCCAUCUGCAGAUGUUUCCGGGCAAACAAAAUUCCAGGGAAGUAAUAUCCUGGGUAAAUUUCAAAUAACAUGGCGCACAAAUUUGGGUGAACCUGGUCGCUUACAAACACAACAAAUUCUCGGUGCUCCAGUCAGCCGUAAAGAGAUUAAUAUGCGAGUUGUAGAGGUUCCAGCUGUUAUACACUUAAAUAGACCCUUUCCGGCAUACUUGAAUCUCACAAACCAAACCGAUAGGCAACUGGGACCCUUUGAGGUCUCACUGUCACAAGAUGAAUCACAAAUGGAGAAGCCGGUUGGUAUUAAUGGUCUCCAGACUCUGAUGUUACCCAGGAUUGAGGCAUUUGGCUCCAAUGAUUUCCAAUUGAAUCUUAUUGCCUCCAAGCUGGGAGUCCAGAAAAUAUCUGGGAUCACAGCCUUGGACACGAGAGAGAAAAAAACCUACGAACUUGUUCCAGAGAUGGAGAUAUUUGUAGAGUCAGACUAAGUUUGAAGACAGCCUCCCCGAGUGGUGUUCUUCAUCCACAGGUUUUGUUAUUGCACCUCCUCUGUGUUCAUUUUUUUUUGUUUCGUAAAAAAUAGUUUGGCUCUUU